GAUAUGAAAAAAAUAUUCAAAUUGGCUGCAAACUUCUCGAGAAAACUGAAAGAAAUAGUUGAGGGUGUUAAAGCAGGAGUGCAACUCUUCAAGGAUAUAAUAUCUGGAAAGCUGAAUCUGAAGGAUAUUAUUACAGACUUCAUUGAUGCCAUUACUCACUUACCUGAAAAGGUACUGGGAUUAAGAAAGAUAGCUUCCACAGCUUGGAAGAAGAUAGGACAGUUUGAUCUGAAGGAUUUACCCCAGGAAUUUCAACCAGUCAUCAAUUUUAUUCGUAAAGUUACAAAACUUUUCACAGAUAUUAAGACAGAUGUGAUGGGGUUUGUCUAUGAAGUGGAACAAGCUAUUAAAGUGGUGAUUCCCCAACAGGCCACAGCAAUAUAUCAUGGAAUUAAAGAUAUAAUCCAUGAUGAAAAACCAUACUGGUUCAAUUUACAUGAUUUGUGGAUUGAAUAUUCAGCCAUGGCUGACAAUGCAUUCAAAGGUUUGAAUGUUAGUGGUCAGAAGUGGAUAAAUGAAAGCAUCAGUGAAGGGGAAGAUGAAAUUAUGAAAUUCUCUAAAGGCAAAAGUUCUUCUAAAAUAAUCAAAAAGGAAAUUGUGGAGACUUUCCAUACCAUAAAGAAAGAACUGAUUGACCCAUUUCAGGGUUUAGUGGGAAUGGCAGAUUCUUUCAUUAAUACAUAUGGCAAAGUAUUUAAACUCAUCAAGUCAAUAAAAGAUGCUUACAAUAUUCUCAAGGAAGGAUAUGAAACUGCAAGAGGAAUAAUUGAUGCUCUGUUUGGCACAAGAGCCCACAAACUAUUUCCAGUGGCUCGAAGAGAAGUAGGUGAUGGAUGCAGUGGAAAUGGACAGUAUCCAUCUAGUCUGGGAAGUAGUAACAUGGAAUACAGACAUGACGGAGUUGAUCUCCUUACUGAAAUUGGAGAAGUGGUAGUGGCCCCUUUUGCUGGUGAAUUAACUUUAGAUACAGAGGAUUCAAGCACAGUGAUUAUAAAAAUUAGUAGAGGAUCACUAAAUGGAACUGCAGUAAUGAUUACUAACAUUAACCCAAGUUCCGAGAUAGUUGAUGAAGAGCCAAAAUGGGUUGAUGCUGGCCAGCCAAUAGGUACAGCCACUGCAUCAGUUUGUAAAAACCACAUACACAUGGCUAUCAAGAAAGAUGAUGGUGACUACAUAGAUCCUACUAAAUAUCUAGAAUUCACACCUGUUACGAUGCCCAAAUGGAAACAGCAAUGUGAUGAUUACAAACUCGUCUUUAAGGGAGUUACAUUAGCUGCUGGUGUGAUUGUUGGACUGGGUGGCCAAAAGGAAGAAAAUAACAACACCCAAAUAGCAAAUGCUAGCCAAGCAAAACCUAUCGAUGAUCUACCAAAGUCAUCAGAACCAGAGUAUACCAAGGAAAUCAAAGAUAAUCCAGAGAGUGCCUUCAGUAAAUUUAAAUUCAAAAUGGCAAAUGACAAGGAUGAAAACGGAGAUAAGGGAGACAAUGUCCUGGAUGUUGAUUCAGAAGAUGAUCAGUGUGCAGCAUACAGGCCUCAAACAACAACAACAACAACAACAGUGGCACCAUUAACAACAGCUGCUCCUAAAAAAGGAAUCAUAGGUUUUUUCAAAAAGCUGUUAAAAACAGCUGACAGAUUCCUUGAAAAAUACAACAUUCGUCGUUUGAAGUUUGGCACUAUUAUAGAAUUUUUAGACAAACUUGGCAUGAACGAAAGUAAAGAGGCAAUGGCUAAAGUUAUGAUAACUAUUAAAGAACUAAUAGACAACAAACCUUGUAUUAGUCCACAACAAAUGACUGAUGAUGAGUUAAUGAAUGAGCUUAUGGAACGUGGAAAAAGAGCAACUGGUACCAGAGAGGAAAUGAUUGAUAGACUUUUAAAACUUGACCAAAGUUGUCCACUUGUAUCUUUCACAAUGCCAAAAAAUGUUUAUUGUACCUUUGAUCAUUACUGUCUUGGGGUGGAGUGUUGUGUCAAUGUCAAACUGAUGAUGUUCCUCAAAGUCUUCAAAUUUUAUGCCAGACUGGAUCCCUGUUCACAUCCUAUGAAAUUUGUCUUUGGAUUCGAUCAAUACAAUUAUACUGCUGAAAUCAAUGAGAGUCAAAAAUAUGAAGGUUUGGAAAAAGAAGUCAGGCCUGGAUUAACUCUAGAUUUGAUGGGAGGCAUUGAAUUGAUAUUAAAGUUCAGAAGAAGUAGAAGUAGUCUCCCAAAAUAUCAAAAUAAAGGUACAUAUAACUACACAAAUCAUAAUGCCUUCUUUCAAAACGUUUUUCUUGCUGCAGGAAAUGGAUCAAUUGGAGGACUGCUGACACACAUUGGCAUGGAAAAUGUCGAAGAUGCCUUUAAUUUGAUAUUGAAAAAGUUUGAUUUAGAUGCUGUAAUAACAUCUGAAGAAAUUUCCCUCUCCCCUUCGUCUUCAGAUUGUCCUGUGAAAAUUGAUCCAACAAAGUAUUUAGAUCCAACUACUAGACGCAUGGUGAGAUGUGUUCAGCCAUCCAGCUGUUUGGGAAUUGAGUGCAGCCUUGAUUUGGCUUUCAGUCUACCUGAUACAAAUGCAAGGAUUACAAGAAAUGUUGCUUUCUCAUUUUCUUUGGAUCCAUGUGAUUUUUCCAUUGAAAUCAAGUUUGGAGGAAGAAUUUUGAUUAAUUCCAACAUUUUACAAUUUGAAUUUGGAAAGCAGGCAGUUCUGACUUUGGGUUCUGGAAAUCCGCCACCAGUUAAAAUUGUAUACAGAAUAAGGAAAAUUGAGGAAAGCAGAGGGUUUUUGAUGGAUUUGAGAUUGACGAUAUGUUUCCCUAUUGUUGGAAAGAAGUUUUGUAUUCCCAAUGAAAAAGGAUUCUUGUUGCUGGAAAAUCAAGAGAUCAGAGAAUGUGGCAGUAUUGAGUACAUUAAAUUUCAGAAUUUUUCUCUUACGAAUUGGAUAAGAGAGAAGGGCCUACCAGUAGACGAAACAUUAGAUGAGGGGGCUCUGAUGUUGUUACUUGAGCAACUAAACCUGACACACUUCUUUCAACAAGAGAAAUGUGACCAAACAAGACCACCGUACAUUCCAUCAAUACAGGGAAUAAAUAAUGAUUGCCCUGGUUCUAUUGCUAACCUUCCACUCAGGAUCCCCAAUCCUAUGUCUUGUUACAUCCCAAGUUACUGUACAGGAAUAGAGUGCUGUGCUGAGAUCCCAGUGUUGGGACUAGGUUUACAUCUGUUUGUGAAUUUGGACUUGAAUAAACUAGAACUGAGUUAUGGACUGGAAAACAAGAUAUACAAAGUAAAACUAUUUGACUAUAUUUGGGGAGAUGAAGUAAAAGUCUCUGUUGAUGGAAAUUUAAUAACAUUUACCUUCAGCAUAAAACCACUCACCAACAGGGAUAUGUACAUCUUUAAUGCUCGUGUAUCUGUAUGCCUUGAUGACAGAGACUGUUAUAUGAAUAUACCAAUAUUCUCCAACACCAAAAUACCAACAGUCAGAAAAAUGCUUCCACAGGAUCAAAAAUUUUCUUUGACAAAGUGGAUGAAAAACAUGAAUAUUGCAUCACUUACGGAUUUGAAAGACAAUGCAAAGACUUUGUUGAUUCAGCAGUUGCAGAUAGACAAAUUCCUUCUUGAUACUACAUGUGACAUCCAUGAUGAUACUUACUCACCUACAGUAAAAGGAUGGAACAAUGAAUGUCCAUUGGAUUGGGUAGUACCACCAGUGAUUCCAUUCCAAAAUGUGAAGUGUGCUCUAACAGAGAACUGUACCAGGAUUGACUGUUGUGUGGACUUUAGUCUUCUCAACCUUCAGCUUCACUUCUUCCUCCAUUUUGACAGGUGUAAUUAUGUCAUCUCUGGUGGAAUAGAGAAGAAAACCUUCUCAUAUGGACUACUGGAUUUCAACAACUUUUGGGGCAAAGAAGUGGAGUUCAACAUUUUAAAUAUUGUGCAACUGAAGUUUAUGGCCAAUCAGUUACCAGUAUCAAAGAAAUAUAUCAUAGAUAUGAGUCUUGCUAUAUGCCUGGAACCAAAUAAGUGUGAAUUUGAUGCAUCUAUUUUCCAUGAAACUCUUCUUCCAAUGCUUGAAUGUGAUCUUUCAAUGGGUUUUAAAUCAAGAGGAUUUUCUCUGACAAAGUGGAUGAAUGAGCAAGGAUUGUCACUGGAGGGAAGUCUGUCUACAGCUUUGUCCAACUCUCUGUUCAAGUUGCUGGGUAUUGAUUCAUUCAUGAAAGAGGAAUCCUGUUCUCGUUCAGAGCCACCUUACAGUAUUAACAGGUUACAGAAAGAUGGCUGGUCUUCAGAAUGUCCAGUGCAUUUACCAAUCUCAAAGUUAAGAGGAACAGCAUCUUGUAACAUUAAGGAGUCCUGCACUGCUGUAUCUUGUUGUAUAGAAGUGGGCAAAAUAGGGAGGACAUUUGAAGUGGAACUUGACAUUGAUUUUUGUAACCAGAAAAUAACAUUUGGGAUUGAGAAACUGACGGAAACCCUCUCUUUACAGCUCUUUGAAUUUGGUACAAGAAAGGAGAUGGUAAUAAUGGGAGUUGUCAAACUUGGCUUUACUGUGUGGGACAAUUAUGGUGAAGGAGUGUAUGUUGUGUCUGCCAAUGUAUCUAUCUGUCUAGAGGAUGGUGGAGAUUGUUUGAUUAAUAUUGACAUUCUCAAUCAAGCCAAACUACCUAAGCAAUCAUGCAUAUGGGAGACAAAGUUUCAUACUGCUGGUUUUUCUCUAAGGCAAUUUAUGAAGAACAAGGCAUUGGGGAGUUUUGAUGACAUUCAAGGCCUGGCCUUAGAGGAACUCAAAGAAGAACUUGGACUUCCUCAGUUUUUAUCCAACCCAACUUGCUCUUUGUCUAGUGCAAUAUACCAACCUUCAAAAGAUGGAAUUAGAAAUGAGUGUUCUGAACACCUUGGGAUGUUGCCUUCACUUCCCUCCAACAUGAGAUGUGCUAUGUCAGAGUCCUGUACUGGGAUAGACUGUUGUAUAGGAGCAGCACCAAUUCAUCACAACUUCCAUACAUAUCUAGAUAUUGAUCCCUGCAGUCUUAAGAUGAAGUUUGGAAUUGAUGAAUUUCAGUUUCAAAUUUAUUUGCAAGAAUUUGAGUUUGGUGUUGAGAAAGAUGUCAGACUGGCAAAUGUUGUAAGAAUGAGAUUUACAGUAUGGGAUCUUACAGCAGAAGGCCAGUUUUUGAUUAAUUUUAGGACAAGCAUUUGUUUUGAGACUCAUCUCCUGUGUUUGUUGGAUGUUUUAAUCUUCAAUGAACUGCGCUUACCAAAGAAAGACUGUGAAUUUGGACAAAAAAUUUCAAAUUUUUCAUUGGAUGGAUGGAAGUCCUCCAUGGGGUUAACAAUGGAUACACUAGCACCAUCAGAUACAGACAAACUGAUGGAAUACCUUGGAAUAGCUGGAUACCUGGGGAGAAAUCAAUGUAGUGUAGAAAGAGGAAUGAAUACAAUCAAUGGAUGGGAUGAUGAAUGUCCCAAGUCUUCCUUCUAUCAAAAGCUAGACCUAUCCACUUUGCCUGUGCUGUGUUCAGUACCCACCAAAUGUACAGAGAUUCACUGUUGUCUAGCUGUGAAACCUCUUGGGAGAAAUUUUGAAGCUUUUAUUGACUUAGAUCCAUGCUACAAAACUCUUGAAUUAGGAAUAGAAGAUUACAAAUUCAAAAUCAAUCUGAUGACUUAUGCUUUUGGAACGAAAUCCAAGUUUUGGCUAAAAGAUAUUUUCAGCAUAGAGUACAGCAUUGAGGAUCUUGAAAGCAAAUAUCUUGUGAACAUGAAAGUAGAUGUUUGUCUUGAGAAAGGAAAACCAUGCUUCAUAUCCCAUGAUAUUGCUAAAGACUUGUGUCUGCCAAAAACUGAGUGUCAUUUGACUCUCAAUUCUUCAGGAUUCUCCAUCUCUGAGUGGUACAAGAACAUGUCCCUGUCACCUGGUUCAGUGUUGUCAACCACUUAUCUGUCCAUGCUAAAAGAGAGUCUUGGAAUCACCAAUUUCCUGCUGCCCAAGGAAAAACAGUGUAACAGGAGGUCAGCUGCUUAUCUUCCACAGACUAAGGGUCAGGCUGGAUGGAAAAUUGACUGUCUCCUUGAUGUGGGUAACAUGACCCAGUUAUCCAGCUCCCUUCCCAUCAGCUGUCACCUGAUGAGUCACUGCACAGCUGUGGAAUGUUGUCUGGAUUUUCAGGAUCCUCUACAACAGACAAUCCAUUUCUUCCUGGAUCUGGAUCUUUGUCUCCAGACAUUGAAAGUGGGAAUAGAGAACUUAUCCUAUGAAAAGACACUGUUCUCUUACCAGUAUGGUGUGGAAGACAGCUUCAGCUUGAUGGAUGUGGUUCAAUUGAGGUACAAGAUUGAAGAUGUGGAUAGGAGUAACUUAGAGUUAACAGCAAAAGUAAAGAUAUGUUUGGAGGAGAGAACUUGUAUAUAUGAGUCUGUGCUGUUUGAGAAACAGAGGAUACCAAAACCUGGGUGUUUCUGGAACCUUAACUUUACAGUACCAGAUUUCUCCUUUGCAAACUGGUACAAGAGUAUAGGUGCUGCUGUUGGAUCCCAACUCUCUAACCUGAAUGCUGUCAAACUUCUAGAAGAACUUGGUAUUGCCAAAUACAUGCAGGAGAUUCCUUGUCAGAGAUCUGGUCCAGUAUACAGUCCUGCUGUCAGUGGGUGGAAAAAAGACUGCCAGUUGGAAGUUGCUAUUAUGCCAAUCUCUGACUCAGUCACAUGUCUGGUAAAGGACACCUGUACCUCAGUCAGUUGUUGUAUGGAUGUUGGAUUCAUGAAGACAUCAUUUGAGACUUAUAUAACAUUGGAUGCCUGUAACUAUUGGAUGGAAGUUGGUAUUGAGAAGCUGUCAUUUAACAUCAGUCUCAAAGAUGUGACAUUUGGAGCAAGGAACCAGUUUUUCUUGAACAGUGUGAUUCAGAUGGAUUACGUAAUUGAAGAUUUGACAGUGGAAAGGCAGUUUAGAGUAUCCUUGACAUUAAAAGCUUGUUUUGAGGCCUCUGAUGAUGCUAAAUGUUUGAUCAACAUUGAUGUCUUCAAGAACACCCUGGUGCCAAAAUCAAUCUGUGACUGGACUGCUAAUUUUUCUACACCAAAUUUUGACCUUGGUGCCUGGUACAGUAAUCUUGGUAUCAGUCCAGGAUCAGUUCUUUCCCUUGUCAAUAAAGACAAACUGUUAAAUGAGCUGGGAAUCAGAUCUUACUUAAGUACCAAUCCUUGUUCAUUUACUUCUCAGACCUUUAGUCCAGCCAACAGUGAUGGAUGGAAAAAUGAGUGUAAGAAGGACUUAACCAAUGCUCUCCCUACCUUGCCAUCCAAUGUGAGAUGCAACAUACCUUCCUUCUGCACUGGAGUAACUUGUUGUAUUGAAGAAAAUAAAGUAUUAAGGAGUCACCUCACUGUGGGAGUGGAACUAGAUGACUGUAACCAUGUCCUGACAUUCCAAGUAGAACAACUCAAAAUCAAAAUACAGCUCCAUGACUAUUCUUUUGGUAUAACUGAAAAAAGAUACUUGAUGAGUGUAAUUCAAUUUGAGUUUAGAAUUGAUGAUGUUCCUGCAGAGAAAGCAUACAAAAUAUCAGCCACCCUGAGUGUAUGUUAUGGAGUAGGACCCUGUGUAUUAGAUUCCCUAGACUUGCUCAAGGACUUCAAACUUCCAAAAACACUUUGUGAAUGGGGCACUGGCUUUCAGAUAGAUUUUUCUGGAACCUCCUGGUUGUUGGAUAAAGGUUUAAGUAUUGACUCAGCCCUGUCAACAGCAGAUGCUUCUGAACUAUUAUCAACAUUAGGAAUACAGGACUUCCUUAAGACAGCUGAUCAGUGUGACCGCAAUAGUUCUCUAUACAGCCCAAACAUCAAUGAGUGGAAAAAUGAGUGUCCAAAUACUGGUGUUCCAUCACCACUGCCAAGUUCAGUCUCCUGUCAGAUCCCACAAGUUUGUACUGGGAUUGACUGCUGUGCAGAGAUUGGGUUCCUGGGAGGUAGAACUAUCAAUGUACAGGUCCUACUGGAUCCUUGUGAAGCCAUCAUGAGUCUUAACAUAGAAAAGAUGCAAUACAACUUGACACUCUUUGACUACAACUUUGGAACAACAGAUCAUUUCACACUGCAGGGUGCUAUAAGAAUUGAUUUCAACAUCCAGAAUUUGGUCAUAAAAAGAAUGUACUUGAUAAACAUGAACCUGAGUGUAUGCUUAGAGUCAUCAAAUCCAACAACCUGUGUUUACUCGGCCACUGUCUUCAAAAACACUCUGCUACCAAAGAAACCAUGUAAUAUGAACCUCGACUUUAUCAAUCCAAGUUUUGACCUGACAUCAUGGAAAACCUUGAAUAACUUUGGCCCUACCCUGACUCCUGAGGAGACUAAGUUCCUGUGGAGAGAGAUUGGUGUGGAGGAAUAUGUAGGGGUGGGAUGUUCUAGGUCAUCCCCACCCUACAGUCCACAGACACAUCCGGAGUGUGCAGUGAAUCCUCCAAAACAAGCCAGUAACCACCUGAACUGUCACAUCACAUCCAACUGUACAGGAAUCUCUUGCUGUCUGGAUGACCAUGUUACUGGAAUGGCCUACCAGUUCUCCAUUGACAUCAGUGCUUGUGAUGAAAAACUGAACAUCACACUGGAGAAAAUGACAUUUACAUUGUCUUUGUUUGAUUAUACCAUGGGAACAAAAGAGACAGUGAGAUUGUUUGGAGUCCUAGAUCUAGAAUACAUGAUUGAUGAUCUAACACUGAGUGGUGAAUUUGUUGUGGAUCUAAGGAUCAAGUUGUGUUACACUAAGGGCCAGAGUUGUGAACAAGAUGUUAAAGCUGUGACAGGACUAAGACUGCCCAAAACACUGUGUCAGCUACAGACAGGACAGUUCCCAAUUCAAGGUUUCUCACUCAGUAAAUGGAUGAAAGAUAAGAUUGAUGGACCAUUCUUACAGCAGUGGGCUGUAGAUCUUCUCAAGUCAGAACUAAAGUUAUCUUCUUAUCUCACUGAACCUAUGUGUAAAAGGACUGACCUUUCUCCAGGAACCAGCAACUGGAAUGUUAAAGAUUGUAGUGAAAGCAUUACAGUUCCAGCUCUGCCAGCCCACACUUCCUGUAAACUCUCUGACUCGUGUUCUGCUGUAAAGUGUUGUACAGAUCUAGACUUACUGAAAACAUCAGUCCAGUAUGAAGUCAAUGUAGACAGGUGUAAAGGAAAAGUGUUCAUCACAGUGGAGAAACUGGAGAUAUUGAUCCUUCUUACAGAAUUUGAAUUUUCAAAAUGGCAGAGCCAGUCAAUACAAAAUGUUUUCACAAUUCAGUAUAAAGUUGACUAUGUCUCCGCUGAGAAGGCAUACUUGUUCAGUGUGAACUUCAGUGCGUGUUUUGAGACAAGUGGUGAUUGCAUGCUAAACUUUCCUAUUAUGACAAAUACCAAAAUCCCGAUGCUGGAUUGCAACUUCAAAAACCUGUCAUUUGCCAUACCAGGGUUUGAUUUCAACAGUUUCUUGACAAGCAAAGGUGUUUCUACAUCCCUGACAACACUUCCAGAUUUACUGUCAGAGCAGUUACUGGAAACUCUUGGAGUAAAGGGAUUCUUCAGCAGUAAUCCUUGUAAUAGAUCUGACUACACAGCAACAUCAUCAGGAUUUGAAAUUGCUUCCAGUUGUACAGAGAACAUCUCUCCUUUUCUGUCCCCUCUGUCCAGUGACACUAACUGCCAAGUGUCUACUUCCUGUAUGGACAUUCAGUGCUGUACAGACAUGACAAUCAUUGGGAGAACCCUAAACUACAGAAUCAGUGUGGAUGCCUGUGAACUUUCUCUCAAUAUCCAGAUAGAGGAAUUCAAGUUUGAGCUGUCUCUGAUUAAUUUCCAGUUUGGAGUGCCUCAGAAAUUCAGCAUAGAUCAAGUUUUCUCCCUAGAAUACCUUAUCAGAGAUUUGAGUGGACAGAGACAGUACCUUAUAGAUGUUACAUUGACAGUGUGCUUCAGUGACUCUCCAUCUUGUGUGAUCAGAAACAACAUAUUACAAAAUUACUUGGUAACCAAACCAGUGUGUGCAUGGUACACAGGAUUUGCAAAUCGAGGUUUUUCAUAUUCAUCAUGGUUAACAACAAACAGUUUACCAACAUCUGGACUACUGGAUAUCAUACACCUACCUAAAUUAUUGGAGGCACUCGGCAUAUCUAAGUACAUGAAAACUCCAUCCUGUGACAAAGACAAAGGAAUCUAUAGGAAUUCAUUUAAUGGAUGGAACUCAGAUUGCCAUCUUGAUGACAGCAUCAGCAGACCCGCUAUAGAUAAGAAUCUGGCCACUUGUUUUCUGGACAAGACUUGUACAGGAGUUCAGUGUUGUAUGCAUGUCCCUGGAGUUGGUCUGUCUGUAGAAGCUUUUGUGGAAGUCAGCGCUUGUGACCGUCAGCUCAGAGUGGGCAUUGAAAAUCUCAAGUUUAACAGAAGUUUACACAGUUACAAAUUUGGAGAAUUGGAGAAAUUUGAUUUGUUUGGAUUUUUUGAGAUAGAUUUUGUGAUAACAGACCUUGCUUACAAUGGUGAAGGUGGAGAAUAUCUUGUAAACUUGAACAUGAGUGUCUGCAUGGAGUCAGGACAACCCUGUCAUCCCGUUGUACCAGUAUUCAUCAAUACAAUUCUACCAAAGGGAGUGUGCAACAGAAACCAAGACUUCAGAGACAAAGCGUUCUCGCUGAAAACAUGGAAAACUACUCAUGGAGUGGGAUCAUCUUUGGAUAUCCACCAUGUUAAACAACUGUUUCAAGAUCUUGGUGUGGGUCCAUACCUACUGAGUCCAUUAGAGAAGUGUGACUGGAAUGAAUUCCCAUAUAAAGCAGCCAAUUCUACUGGAUGGGUCGAUGGUUGUGCAACAGAAACCAAGGGCUUGAGUUCAUUGGGAACACAGACAAGAUGUGGGAUAUCCAGAUCAUGUAGUGAAGUUAAAUGCUGCCUGCACUCAGAUGUCCUUGAAAUGAAUUUGAAUACUUUCAUUAACAUUGAUACAUGUAAUGGUAAAAUAUACGUAGGAAUUGAGAAAUACCAAUGGAGCUACAAACUUCUGGGUUACAAAUUCGGAGAGUUGAGACAUGUGUCCUUGUAUGGAAUGAUUAAUAUGGACUACAUAAUAACAGACUUGGUAACAUCUUACGGAGUGAGCCUAAACUUGAGUGUAUGCUUUGAGUCAUCUGGAGCAUGUGAAAUCAGUAUCCCUGUUUUAAAGGAAAACAAACUCAUAAAGUCUUCAUGUAACUGGACCAGGGACUUUGUUAUUAAUGAUUUCUCCUUGGAGAGUUGGUUGGACAUGAAAGGUUACAGAGUUGAUGCCAAGCUACCUUCCUAUGCUGUGUCUGAGUUGAUGCAUGACCUUGACAUCAUUCAGUAUAUGGGAGACUCCAUCUGCAACAGAAAAACUAUUCCUUUCUAUCCUAGCAAAAAUGGCUGGAACAAUGGCUGUGAUCAGUAUGUAUCACUGACUUCCAUCAGCUCUAACACAACCUGCCACCUUUAUGACUUCUGUACUGGAGUAAGAUGCUGCUCUGAUCUCCCUGUAUUGGGGAGGUCUAUCAAUUCCUGGAUGAUACUGGACCACUGUAACUACAGACUCAGUGUGGGGUUUGAGAAGUUCUCUGUCAAUAUUAGUCUUCACACAUACUCUUUUGGAACACAACAAACUAUAAAUGUAAAUGGAGUGGUGAGGCUAAGAUACACUAUUGAGGAUUUUUCAAGUGAGUGGAAAUAUCUUGUAAACCUAAACCUGCAGAUUUGUUUUGAGACAUCCAAAGCUUGUAUUGUUGAUGUAGAUGUGUUCACAAACACAAAACUGCCAAAGAAACCUUGUGAUUGGACCACAGAUUUUCUUGAUGACAGAUUUUCCUACAAUAUUUGGAGACAUGCAAAGAGGAUUUCUACUCCAGGCUUAUCAGAAUAUGACUUAGCACAACUCAUGCAGGAUCUUGGUUUGUCUGAAUUUGUGUACAAAGGAAACAAGAAAUGUGAUUCUGGGGACCAUCUAUUUCUGGGAGCUGUGGAAAAUUGGAAUAAUGAGUGUAACCAGACACUGAUCCAGCCUCUCCCAUCCCUGUCUGGUACCGCAGCGAUCUGUCACAUCUCCACUUCCUGUGCUGACAUCCAGUGUUGUGUGGACGUACCUGCCAUCAGUUCCUCCUUCUUUACAAAACUAGAAAUUGACCCUUGUACUUUCCAAAUGGUUGUCAGCAUUGAUCAACUAAGCUUCUCCAAGAACUUAUUUGAUUAUGAAUGGGGACAAGAAGAAGAAAUGUGGCUCUUUGGAGUAGUCAGAAUGACGUUCCAGGCUUUUGAUAUGUACACAGAUGGGUACUUCAUUAUAAACUUGAGAUUAGAUGUGUGUUUAGAAGCCCUCCAGGUUCCUAGCUGCAAUGUUUCUGUGGAAGUACUGAACAAUUAUUAUCUACCCAGGAAAGUCUGUAUAUGGGAUGCCUCUUUUAACAUUCCAGGGUUUUCUUUAAAUGAGUGGGAAAAGGCUGAAGGAGUGGUACACACACUGCCUUUAGAAAGUGGAAUUGUGGACAAUCUACUUCAUCAUCUUAAUGUUGCUGCUUUCAUGUUUGACUCUGCUUGCUCUCCAACUGAUUCUAGAUACAGUGAUGCUACAGACAGAUGGAGUAAAUACUGUCCAUCGGGAGUACAGAUAUCCUUAAACCAGAUUAAAAACAAAGCCUUUUGCACAGUGUCAGCAACUUGCACUGAGAUAAAAUGCUGCAUUGAGGUACCAUUGCUCAACAGAACAUUUGAAGUUGGUAUUAGUCUCAAUUACUCAUAUGACAGGAUAAUGGUGCAUGUUGAGAAUUUGUGUCGUACAUAUUUGCUCAAGGGAUAUAGCUACGGAACAGAGGAAAGCCUUAGCAUUGCUGGUGUAUUUAAGUUAAGGUACAAGAUAAAUGACCUUUUAUACAGUAAUAUGCUGGAUAUUUCAAUGUCAGCAGAAGCAUGCUUUGAUGAUGCUGGACCCUGUGAAAUUAGCAUUGUCAUUCUUGAUAGUGUGUUGAUACCUAAGACUCUAAAAAGUUGGGAUAGUCUGUUUUCAGUAAGAGAUUUUUCACUAAGCAAAUGGUUGAGUGAGAAGUAUAUACCAGAGAGCGAAGUUUUACAGAAAUACCAGUCAGAUGAACUUUUUGAAACCCUUUCCCUCAGACCUUAUCUCAAAAAUGACUCCAUAUGUAGUACAAUUAAAUCUGCUGCUGAUGGAACUGGCUGGCUUAAUGACUGUUUGGAGCAGAAAGCCUUACCUCCCUUAACCUCAUACCCUUUGACCUGUGAUCUUCAUAGAACCUGUAACAAAGUCAUCUGUUGCGUGGAGUCGGAGUUAACAAAUUCUACUUUUGAAGUCUCCAUGGAAAUUGAUCCUUGCAUCAAAAUGCUUUUUCUUAAUAUUGAGAAACUUCAAGCUGUAAUACCUUUCACAGAUGUACAAUGGGGAAAAGAACAACAGUAUUAUUUGCUUGGAGUGAUUCGAUUGGAUUACAAGGUUAUUGAUCUGUAUGAUGAGAGUCUAUUCCUUGUGGAUCUUAAAGUGUCACUAUGCUGGGAAAGUUACAAACCCUGCAGCUUUGUUGCAGAAAUUUUCAAAAACUCUGUCCUCCCAAAGAGAAGUUGUGCGGGUCAGCUGAACUAUGACAAACCAGGAUUUUCUCUGUCAAACUACAGCCUAGAUAAUCAACUUGAUUUGAACAAUCUGACAGAAAAAGAUUUGGUCUAUCUGUAUGAUUAUAUUGGGAUAUCUAGUUACAUAUCAAAUUCCUCAUGCAAGAUACCAAAGAAUGAAUCUAUGUAUGCUAUCAAUGGAUGGAAUAAUGAAUGUCCCACCAUGAUAACCCCAGAACUGUCCUCUUUGCCUGACUAUGUGACCUGUCAUAUGAUGUCCAGCUGUACCAGUGUUAGAUGUUGUAUGAACAUUACCAGACUAAAAUCUCAGUCAGUCCAGUUUUAUCUUAUGAUGGACUCAUGUGAAUGGGUGAUUGAGUAUGGAAUUGAUAAGUUUAGCAUAAGACCAACCAUUAUGUAUGAUUUCAAGUUUGAUGAAUGGCAUGAUUACUGGAUGAAGGGGGUAUACAGGCUAAGAUUUAUGGUCACACACCUUCAAGGAGCAAACACUUUCAGAGUGACUCUUAAAUUUAUGAUCUGCCUAGAAGAUGGAUUACCUUGUGAACAAGAAGUUACAGUGCUAAAUAACACACUUCUCCCAAAAUCAUCUUGUAAUUGGAAGAUUGAAACCACAGUUCAGGAUUUUUCAUUCACCAUGUGGAAGACACAGAACAAGUACACAACAAUGGAAGAACACAGCAUUGCUAGACUGGAGGAAGAACUAGGGAUGCAUGGGUACCUGUAUAACUCCACCCAAGUCUGUGAUAGGACAUCAGGAAUAUUUGCUUCCUCUUCUGCUGGAUGGACAAAUGACUGUCCUGUUCCACUGCCAACAAAUGUACCUGUUGUAAGGGGAGCUAUCAGCUGUAAUCUGGGGGCCUCCUGUUCUGAUGUGGUGUGCUGCUUGUAUGCUGAACCUCUGAUGAAACAUGUAACUAUCCACCUCAGUCUGGAUUACUGUCAAGACAGAAUCAGUGUAGGGAUAGACAAAUUCACAAGAGAAAUACAGCCUAGCUCAUACAACAACUGGGGAAAAGAAGAAGUUAUAAGCAUGAGUGGAAUUUAUCAGUUGAAGUAUACACUUGAGGAUCUACCCAAUGCCAACAUGUACUUGGUCAGUUUUUCCAUUCUUUCUUGCUGGGAAGGUGCCUCUAAUUGUGAGGAAUACACUAUUCUCUCAAACAACAGGCUGCCAAAGUCCAGAUCACAGCCAUAUUGUAAUUGGAAAUCAGAGCAACUUAUUCCAGGUUUCUCUGCAAAGUCAUGGCUGGCCACCAAUGGAUAUCCUGAUUCCACACCACUGAAAGGAAAUGCAUUGCAGGAUCUAAUGGAAGUUUUACAAUUGUCCAGGUUUAAGGAGAAGAAUGAUUGUAACAUAACUGGAGCUCCAUUUGUUCCUGUCAACAAUAAUGGAUGGAAUUCUGAGUGUCCUGUAAAUGACAGUUUGAUAACACUUCCCAGCAGUGUUGCCUGCCAUCUACCAAGUCAUUGCACAGGGUUAGAAUGUUGUGUUUCAAGCAGUGUCUUAGGAUUAAAUUUUCACACUGCACUUCAGAUUGAUACCUGUUCUUCAAAAAUCAUCAUUGGUAUUGAUAAAUGGAAGUUCAGAGAGAUUUCAAUGGAAAUAAACAAAAUGUUAUCAGCAAGGAUGAAAAAGAGUAUAUGGCUUCAAGGUGUUUUGAGGAUGGACUUUGAGAUUAAAAAUUUGAACCAUGCUAACAAACUCCUUAUUAGCCUGAAUAUUAGUCUCUGUGUUGAGAGUACCAGUACCUGUGAAGUAAGCAACCAAACUAUAUUUCAAAACAUGCUUCUCCAAAAUGCACCGUGUCAUUGGGAUGAUCCUAAACCCGUGCCAGUGUUGUCACUAUCUUCUUGGAAAAUGAACCGUGGGUAUGCAGCAAAUACAGAAUUAUCAUCUCAUGUUGUGGCAAAAUUUGAAGAUGAGACAGGUCUAGCUAGCUACAGAAAGAAAUCUAGAUGUAGCAGAACAGCAGCGCCAUACUGGCCCACCUACAAUGGAUGGACUCUAGAUAAAGCCUGCCGAAUAUCAGGACUUCCAUACAACAUGAAGAAGAAGACCUACUGCCUGGUGGGGGCCAGCUGUACAUCUAUGACAUGCUGUACUGAGGAUCCAGAGAUGGAUACCACAUUUACUUGGUUUAUUGAUGUAGAUUCCUGUAAUAAUGAAUUAACUCUAGGCAUUGAGGAAUUUCAGAAGAAAAUAUCUCUUCUUGAAUUUAGUUUUGGCAAUUAUGUCAUCUAUGACUUGAUCCUUGAUUCUCACUACAUGAUGAGUGUUAAUCUUAGUGUGUGUUAUGAGCCAGAUAACUGUACUCUGACAGAAAACAUUGUAAGAAACGUGAUGUUUCCAAAGCCAGCCUGCAAUUUCAUGAGUAAAGGUUUUUUGAUUACAAGUUUCUCAAUGUCUAGUUGGUUGACAGAGCAUGCUCUCAGACCAAAUUCCACAUUACCAUUGUAUGGCCAGUUAGAACUACUUGAGGACCUGGGACUGACUCAGUACAUGAAAGACAAACAAUGUGGAGAAACAGAUAACAUUUACAGAAAUCAAACAGAUGGAUGGACUAAAGAUUGUCCACUCACUGUGUUGACCAGUUCCCUACCAGCAGGACUCCUGUGUCACAUACCCUCCACAUGUACAUCUGUCCACUGCUGUAUAACUAUAAACACACCACUAAAGAAGACCUUCAGCACUGUUUUAGACCUGGACCCUUGUAACCAAAGGAUUUCACUGGGCAUUGAAAACUUUGUGCAUCAAAUCUCUCUUUAUGACUUCCAGUUUGGUGUUGAACAGCACUAUGACCUUAGGAAUAUAGUCCAAAUGAAGUAUAAAGUGUAUGACCUGAAAGCUGACAGAAAUUACCAAGUGAGCCUCAACAUCAGUCUGUGUCUGGAGUCUUCUGGACCCUGUGUGCUAGAAACCAUGGUGUUUGAUAAUGCUUUAUUGCCAAAGAAACCUUGCAGUCUGAAUACUGGAUAUGUUCAGAAAAACUUUUCUUUAACGCAGUGGAAGUUUCAGCAUGGUAGAUUAAAUCAGAAUCUAACAGAACUGGACAUUGCAUUACUAAAAGAAGACUUGGGAAUAGCAGAAUACUUGGGAGAUUCUUGUUCUAAGAAAUCCACAAAAUAUUUUCCUCAUAAGAAUUACUGGAAAGAUAAAUGUGGUAAAGUGUCAGGUAUGAGUCAGUUCACAGAACCAGACCACAUCAACUGUUACCUGUCUGACACCUGUACUACUACGUCCUGCUGUGUGGAGGACACUGUACUCAAAAGGAAUAUAGAGACCAGGGUCGGGAUUGACUCGUGUAAAUUCUCCAUGAAACUAGAGAUAGAAAAACUGCAGUUCAAUGUCAACCUGAUGAACUUUAAGUGGGGAGAACUCAUGACAGUAGACUUGUAUGGAAUAUACAAGAUAAGUAUAGUGAUGGAGAAUUUUUACAAUGAACGUAAAUAUUUGAUGAGCAUGAACAUAAGUCAGUGUUAUGAGUCCACUGGAGAUUGCCACUUAGAUUUUGUCGUCUUCAAGAAUGCAUUGAUUCCUAAGAGAAUAUGUAAUUGGUCAAUGGAUUUCAACAUGAAAGAUUUUUCUUUGUAUAAGUGGAGAUCUGAUAGAAAACUUGGCAAUAUAAUCCCUGAUGAAUAUUUACUACAACUUAUGGAUGAAACAGGGCUUGCAGGGUUUAUCAAACAGCCAAUGUGUAAUAGGUCUGGUGGUAUUUAUCUGAACACUGUUAAUGGAUGGACAAGUGAUUGUGGAAUGAAUAUUAGUCUACCAUAUUUGAGUACUGAUUAUAGCUGUCACAUGCUUGCCACUUGCUCUGGGAUCCAAUGUUGUCUGUAUUCCUCUCAACUGAGAAGAAAUUUUGAAAUUUAUUUCAACAUAGAUAACUGUACUGAGAGUCUCAAUAUCCAAAUAGAAAAGAUUUUUCACAACAAAACUUUGCAUGAUUUACAAUGGGGAGAACCUGAACUAUUUAGUAUCUUUGGAGUCUACAAUUUAAGAUGUACAGUUGAGGAUUUGAAAGAAAAAAGAGCAUACCUCGUGUCCUUGUAUGUGAUGGAACACUAUGAAGCUAAGAUACCUCUAAAGGAUUCUGCAAAAACCAUUAAAAUUCUGGACAGGAUAAUGUUUCCUAAAGGCAUUUGUUCAGGAAAUGAAGGGUUUGUUAAACCAGAUUUCUCUUUGAAAGGAUGGCUAAUGGAGAACAGCUUAGUCAAUGUUUCAGAACUGAUGCAAAAAGACUACAUGGUAUCCAGGCUUAUGGAUGAACUGGCCAUCUCACAAUAUUUAGAAACUCCUCAUUGCAGGCCUGCAUCCAAAUAUGCUGUUGGUGGAUGGACCACAUCUUGUAUGAAGAAUAUAAUUAAACCCAACAUAUCUGGAGCAGUAUGCCACCUUAAAGAUGACUGUACAUCAACAGAAUGCUGUGUGGAGGUUGAGUACCUCACUCGUAAUAUCAAGACCUACCUUAACAUAGACCCAUGUAGUUCAGAACUCCAAGUUGGCAUAGAAAAAUUUAGCAGGAACAUUUCACUAACACAGUACAGAUUUGGACAAUUAGAUAAACUUUGGCUUGGAGGAAUAACACGAUUAGAAUUUUCAUUGGAUGAUUUUAAGGGUGGAAACCUUUAUGUUGUCAACAUGAAUUUGAGCAUUUGCUUUGAAGCAAAUCAACCAUGCCAAACAAGUUUUGUGAUCUAUGAAGACACCGUGCUUCCAAAAAGGAAAUGUCCACAGGAUGUUAACAUGGGUUUCUCCCUCUCUGAAUGGAAGCAAGAGGAAAAGGUUUCCAACAGCACACAGAUUCCUGAAUGGGCAAAAUACCUUUUGCUAGAACAUCUUGAUAUAGCACAAUACAUGGAACCUUCUCCAUGUAAGAGGGGAGCUGGGAGAUUUUCUAAACCAAUAUCAACAGGAUCACCGCAGACACAGUAAUCAGAGGGUCUCUAUUAAUUUCAUAUAUUUUGUAUUCUGUUAGUGUGUCAAUUGGAUGUGGAUUUGGUAAAUCGAUCGUUGGAUGCCAGAUCUUCCACUCUAGUGUCCUGCUACCUUCCUUCACUGUGUACAGGGUUUCACUGCUGUGUAGAUGUUCCUGACCUUAACAUGUCCUUCAAUGCUUAUCUCUCUGUGGACCCCUGUAAUUAUAUGUUCACUGUUGGCAUUGAGAAAUUCACUGUCAGUAAAUCAUUGGACCAGUACAAGUUUGGAAAAGAUGGUGUGUUUUCUCUGGCUGGUAUUCUGAAAAUAAUAUACAACAUAAGAGAUGUCCCUAAUGAGAAAGUAUAUCUUGCAGCAGUGAAGCUCAGUGUCUGUACAGAGAGCUCCUCCUGUGAAGCUAACCAUACAAUAUUUGACAAUGUACUGCUACCAAAACAACCUUGUGAUUGGAAUGAGGGAUUUGUUAACUCAAACUUCUCAAGAUCUGCUUGGAUGAUCAACAAUGGUUACAGUUCUCCUCUGAAUAAACACCAGUCAGCAGAGCUAAUGAGGGAAAUGAGGACUGCACGGUACCUAUUGUCUGAAACUUGUCAUGAUCAAGAAAUAUACUCUGCUUUAGUGGAUGGCUGGAAUAACUUCUGUCCUAAUGUCCAAGUUAACAACCUGACCUCUGCUCCAAUUGAAUGUUACUUGGAUUUCAGCUGUAGCUCCAUCAACUGUUGCAUCAUUGUGGAAAAAAUUGGAAGGUCAUUUAGUGUUCAUCUUAAGCUUGAUCCAUGCUUCAAGAGGAUGAUAGUUUACUUGGAAAGGCUAAAAAUAGAGGUUGAUUUGCUAGACAUUGAAUAUGGUAAGGUUGUACACUACAGUCUAGUUGGAAUGGUCAAAAUGAGCUUGGUCCUGUAUGAUCUUCCCUAUGAUCAUGCAUAUCAGAUGGAUCUAAAUGUGAGUGUGUGCUUUGAAAGCAGAGGAAGCUGUGAUGUUGAAGUCUCAGUGUUGAAAAAUGCAAUCUUACGCAAAUUAGAAUGUGACUGGACAAAGAGUUUGCAAGGGUUUUCCUUAAAGAAAUGGCUAGAGGACAUGGGAGUGAAUUAUUCUUCCAACUCUGUGGUAUCCAACACUUUGCAGGAUCUGUUAUUUGAAGAAAGAGGAAUUGCAAACAUGCUGAACAAAAUCUCAUGUGAUUUAUCAGGUCCUCUUUACAAUACAACAGUACCAGUCAGUGGAUGGAUAAAUGAUUGUCCCAAAGACCCACUCUUACCUGUUUUACCAGAUGGAAUGACAUGUGUUUAUCAAUCAUCCUGUAGUGCAUUAUUCUGUUGUAUGAAGGUGACAAAGUUGAACAAGAGAACUAUUGAAGUAUCAGUGGAAUUUGACGAGUGUUCCAAUUUUUUGAAACUCACCAUUGAAAGACUGUCCCAGACAAAAUAUCUACAAAACUUUGCAUAUGGCACGACAGAGAAAUUCUCAUUAAAAGGAAUCUUUGAAGUCACGUACACAAUUACAAGAGAUAUGCGAAAUAGAAGAUACUUGUUUGAUCUUGAUGUGGCAGCAUGUUUUGAAGAUGCAGAGUGUGAACAAAAAUUAACCGUCUUAAAUCAGACAGAGAUUCAAAUGAAGAUUUGCAACUAUCAGGAAGGGUUUUUAAAUUCAAAUUUCUCACUUACACAUUGGAUGAGGAAUAGAUCUAUUGACCAAGUAUAUAACAUUAAACCUUCACAAGCCAAUGAACUGUUGUUGGAUCUUGGGCUUGACCACUUCUUGACAGCAACAGAAAAGUGUUCAUUGUCAGACAGUGUGUAUGGAGCUGUUGACACAAAUGGAUGGAACAAUGAGUGCAUGAUGUUUCCCAAUGACACUUUAACCAACAUCACAGACACAGUGCGCUGUCAUGUGCCAUCCUCCUGUGAUAGGGUUAUGUGUUGUGUGUACAUACAGCCUGUACAGAGACAUGUACAGAUGGAGCUCAUCAUAGAUACAUGUACCUAUGACAUGGAGGGAGUCAUCGAUAAUCUUAAAGUACCAUACAGCAUUUUCAAUCGAGAUUGGGGUAGAUGGGAAGAAUUUGGUAUUCAUGGUGUUGUCCACUGGGGUUAUCAUGUGACUCCUGUCUCAUCAAAAAAGGAAUUUUUAGUCGAUGGAACAAUUAGAUUGUGUUUUGAAAUGGAAUUCUGUGAAACCAACCUGACAGUUUUCAGUAAUUUACCUCUCCACUUCCAGACCUGUAAUGCUAGUGAUGGGGAACUACCAUUCAAAGGUAUAAGUUAUGAUUUUUGGAAAGCAACAGAGUGUCCAACUUGCAGUUCAACACAGAUAAAUGGGAUACCAACAGAUGUACAAAAGUUCUGUCAUUAUCUAAGUAACUGCAGAGGGAUUGAAUGCUGUUUUGACAGUGCCUUCUACCAGGGAAACAAAACCAUUUAUUUCAAGCUUGAAAUUGAUUGUGCAAAUCUGGAGUUUCAAAUAGAGUCCAAAAGAGUUGUCAAGUCUCUUCCCACAUCAGGCAGUAUUGAAAAUGUAGAGAUUAUUGGAGACCAGUCUGACUUUCAGUUAAAUUACACAGUUACUAGAAAUUCUUCAAGAUACCUAAUUAAAGCAAUCCUAAUAAUCCAAGGAAUUACUGAUGACCCUUCAGGAAAGAUUAAUUACACAAUCAUAGAUGAGUAUUCCUCAAUAUCUCCAACCAACUGUUCACAUAACAACACAAUGGGAAGACGAAAGAAGAGAGCAGUUGAAGUUAACAAAUUGGAUCCAACAAACUUUAAAGAGGGUCUGAAGACACUUUUGGAAACAAGUGCAUCAAAUGAGGAAAUUGAAAACUAUAUAAAAAGUGUUCAAAACCAUGAUAGGCAAACAAAGCAAGACAACAUGGCUUCAACUGUUCCUGAAGGAAAUGAUAUUAAAACAGGAUUGAAAUCUGCCAUCAUUGCCUUGGGAUCCAGUAACCCUUUUACAAUACACACAGCAGGGGAAAUCACUAAUACAAUAACUGUAAAAGGAGGACAGGCAAUAACAAAUAUGUUGGGAACUGCAGUGUCUGAUAUUGUUGGUCGUGUAAAGCAAGCUUUCAUUGUUGGUAAUGGUUUGUCAAAUGAAGGAGUAAGACUUCUGGGACAAAAGUUGGCUUGUAUGACAAUAGGAGACCUGGAAUCACUGUUGGAUCUCAAAAACAUUGACCCAGUCAAAGUUGCUGAGCUACUAAAGGAACUUGGAGAUUUAGCAAAGGCUCUGUAUUCUGAAAUUUUAAACAAGAUCCUUACCAAUGGAACAAGUAUUUUCAAAAGCCUUGACCUGAGAAUAGAGGGAGACUUCAGUUUUCCCCGACAAACAAACACCCUUUUCCAUUAUCAGAAAUCAAUUCCACUGGGAGGAAUUCUCACCCUUUCAUUUGGUUUUGGAGCCAAUUAUUAUUAUGGUGUCAAAUUUGUGGUUGGGGCAAAACUUUUAGAAAUGAAAGGAUAUGUUACAAUAGUUCCCAAUGGAGGAGUGUCAGCUUAUGGAUUUGUUAGUGUUGGCUUUAUUCUUUAUGGAGAGUUGCGUCUUACUGGACAGAUUAUGGAAGUGGGAUUUCCUACAACUGCUGAGAUAGCAUUUCAUAAGUUUCCACUAGAUGUGAAUCUUCAGAUGUUUCUUCAACUCAGACCGCUAAGAUUAACUCUGGAAGGAUUAGUGACAAUUGAGAUCAACCUUCUUUUCCAUACAUUUACAAAGACUCUAUUUAGGCAUAGAAUUUGGUAUUAUGAAACACCUGUCAUACAGAAAAAAAUUAUAGACACCCACAAAAAGGAAGAAGACAAAACACCACCACAGAUCAAAAGUUUUGGGGGAGUGACAAGACCAGGAGAAUGUAAAGUGUUGCAGGCAGCUGGACGUGACCACACAGAUCCAGAAUUCAAGUUGGAUCUUGAUGCAGAGGAUGACCGUAGUAAUGUGGUCCUGACUUUGGAUGUAGGGACUGUCCCUGGGGGUUCUGAUGUUGUUUAUAGAUGGGAACUGGGAGGAUUUUCAACUUCCUUAACAGAGAUUCUCAAACCUUUUGGAGUUCCUCUGUAUUUCACUGUACAUGUGGCCAAUGAAGCUGGUGUGAGUGUACCUGCCACCUGUAAGUUAGAGACUUUUGACAUGACCAUUCCUGGAGGGAGAAUGUCGGAAGCUUUCAGAUCCACUAGUAACUCCCAUGUGAUGAAGGGACUGGUCACCGUGUAUGAGGACUCCCCCAUUACUGAGGUUUUAGUGGCUGUGGGGUAUGGCAGAGGUAUCUGGGGAGAGCAGAUUGUCAGAUGGAAUAAUACCAGUAUUGCAGCAAAUACUGUCAACUAUGAUGUUGGUUAUGAUCCAUUAAGCUUGAAAGUUAUGACACUUUUUAGUGAUGGGAGAAGUGGUAGACUUGUAGGAAGGCAUAUCCUAUUUAAAGAAUAUGACAGUCUAUCCACUCCAGGUGAAUGUGCCACUCGCUGUAACAAGAUGCAUGUCUCUAAAUGUCUUAGCUUCAACUAUGACUUUGGCAGUGGCCAUUGCGAGCUCUUAGAGGCAAUAGAAGGAUAUAAUUUUAAGAUAUCAAAGGAUGGACAUUACAUGCACUAUGAAAAAUUAGGAGUUGGUUCAAACAGAAAAUUUGAAUACAAUGAUUUGGACCUAAGCCAUAACACAAUGUACUUUUUCAAUAUUCAUGUUAAAAAUUCUCUUGGAUUUGAGAAUAUUUUAUCUUCUGAAUCAAUCCUCACAGAUUUCACACCACCAGAUCCAACUGAAGACCAGAUAAACAUCACUAGUGACGUAUUAGAGGUCUCACCAUGUCUGGACCUCAUUCCUAAUGACAGACAAGACUGGGAGAGACACUGUGUGGGAGUAGAUCCCACCAGAAAGAACCACCGCAUCAUCAUAGAUGGAGAGGGAUCAGACACUGUAUACAAUGGACAUGAGUUCAAGACAGAUUUAAAGUUCACCAGAGCCAACCGAUAUAUAUCUGCUAACUGGGAUGGUAUCUAUGACAAUGAGACAGGAUUGCUUGGUUACUCUGUGACAGCUGGAGAGAAAAUUUGUGAAGAGAAAAUCAAGGCCCAUCAUGACCCCCACGCUCAUCUGUUUGAUGAAUCACAGUGGACAAACAGUGUGAUGAUGACUCCAUUGGAAGCUCCUUAUACCAUUCUGCCAGAUGGAGCUUAUUUCAUAACAGUGAGAGCUAUCAACAAAGUGAAAUAUGGUGGGCCACUAGCUACAACAUUCUGUCAUUCAACACCAUAUAUUGUAGAUAACUCACCACCUUUGAUUUUUGAAAUCUACAAUAUUUAUUAUGAUGAAGAGCAAUUCAAUCUUAGUGUAACGCAUAAUUCUUCAGACCCGGACUCUGGACUAAAACGGAAUGAUCUGUGCCUGGGGAGAACUAGAAGAGAUUGUGAUGAAAUGAUGUGGACCACCAUAGAUUUUAAUCCUAACAUCACCAUGUUAAAGAAACUGACAGAAGGGGUUCCUGUAUGGAUCAAAAUCAAAGCUGUCAACAAAGUUGAUUUAAGCACCAUAGCUGUUUCUGAUUCACCCAUCAUAGUAGACCAGUCUCCUCCCAUUGCUGGUAAGGUGAAUGAUGGAGAGAUAUAUAAAAAGGAUUUGCAGUACAUUAUGUAUCCGGACAAGAUUUGCAGUAAUUGGCAGGGCUUCUAUGACCCUCAGUCAGGUAUAGCUAUGUACAUGAUCAGUGUGGGAUCCUCUCCAGACACAACAGAUGUAGCUAAUAUGACACAUUUUUCAAGCAAAGCUCACUUUGCCUGUGUGGAGCUAGAACAAGACAAAUACUUGGAGCACAACAAGAAAUAUUUCUCUAAAGUGUAUGCAUUCAAUGGUGCUCACAAACAACUCAAUGUUUCCAUGGUGUCUGAUGGGGUGUUGGUGGAUUUGACGGAGCCAGUAGCUGGAGAGGUGGUGGAUGGGUCAGCUGAUGACUUUACUGACCUACAGUUUACAACAAGCCAGGCUAAAGUGGAACUUCAGUGGAGAAAUUACUAUGAUCCAGAGUCCAACAUCAGUCACUAUGAUGUCAAAGUUUACAGAGCAAAAAAUAUGACCUAUGAGUAUGAGCCUAUCCAAGAUUGGGCCCCAUUCCCCAGCACAGCCAACAGUGUGAAGUGGUUAAAGUUCCACCAUAGUCAUGGGGAUAGAAUUCAGACCUCUCUUCGCACCACCAACAAAGCUCUCAACUCUAUUAUCAACACCACUAACAGUUUUGUGGUUGACGUAACACCUCCAUAUCUGCAUUAUCUAAGGGAUGGUCUCCAGUCUGAAGACCAGGAAUUUCAAUCUGCAACAGACCAGCUUUCAGUCAGUUUCAUGUAUUCAGACAAAGAAUCUGGUAUUGAUCAUAUCAAAAUUCAGAUCUAUGAGGUUUCACAUGGUACCAAGAAACAAAAAUACCCAGUUCAGAAAAAUAAGUGGAUGAACUUGACUGGGGGUACAUUUUCUUCUUAUACAUGGAAUGGACUGUCUCUUAUGAAUGGAGCAAGAUACAGCAUGAGGGUGGCAGCUAUUAACUAUGCAGGAUAUUUGGCUUCAUUUGAAACCAAUGGAGUCAUUAUUAUUGACACAUCAUCUCCUCUUAUAUCAUGGCUAAAAAUUGGAACAGUUGGAAAUUCAAGGGAACACAGAGUGGAUGGUAGUGUGUGGGUGUCAGAUAAGAAGGGUAUCCAGGCCUCCUGGCUCUGUAGGGAUCAUGAAUCAGGUGUGAUCGAGUACACAGUUGCUGUAGGCACAUCUCCAGGAGGUGAUGAUGUUUUGGCUUGGAAGUCUGUUGGAACAGAAAGCAGUCAGUACAUAACAGGUUUUACUUUGGAGGUUACAAAUCAAACAACUAAAUCUCCAACUUAUUAUUUGUCACUGAAAGCUAAGAAUGGAGCAGGUCUGGUCAGUCCAUCGGCCACUGUUUCCACUUCUAUCAUGGUCAUGGAAGAGGACAAAGCUGGUUUGGUUGUUGAUGGUGCUGACAACAUUGAUAAGAUUGUUGGUGAGGAUGCCGUCGUAGACUUUAUGUCAGACAUGGACUAUCAACUGGACACCACUACUGUUACGGUCCAGUUUACUGGAUUUGAGAGCACCGUGCAUGGAGUGAUGCAGUUUGAGAUGGCAGUAGGUACUGAACCAAAUGGAGAGGACAUUCUGGCCUUCACAGAGGCAAAUAUUAUCCAUCUGGAGGAAUUAGAUCCUGUAGGAAAAGGAUUAACAAGUUCUGGGUAUGCCCAGAUUAAUAUACCUCUAAAACCUGAGAGAAAAUACUACACUACAGUCAGAGGAAUUACAAAUAAUGGAAAUGUACUACAAACAAGUUCUGAUGGAUUUACUGUGGACCAGACCUCUCCUACUAUAGACAUAGAUAGGUUGUCUGGGAAGUCAGCUCAGGAAAUGGACAUUUCAGAUGACAGUUUGGUUUAUGAAUCAACAGAUGAUGCUCUGUCAGCCAUGUGGCAUUACAAUGAGACUGAAUCUGAAGUAGUGAGAGCUUGGUAUGCUGUAGGAACUUAUCCAUUCUCUGAUGAUCUCAGUCAGAGAAAGGAGGUGGAGAUCUCUACCACAUUGUCCAGCUAUCUAGGAAACAAUGAAGUGGAACCAGAUAUUUUUGGAAAACCUAAUAUCAUAAGUGUAUGGGCAGAGAACUCUGUAGGAUUGGUCAUCCAGAAAGCCACAGGAACAGUAGUGAUAGAUAAAACACCACCAACUGCUGGAAAUGUGACAUGUCCUGGAUAUUUGCAGAAAUAUGUACCUGUAAUAUGUACCUGGACUGGAAUCGUGGACACUGAAUCUCCCAUCAAAGAAUUCCAUGUCAUGAUGGGUUCUUCAAAGGGAGAUGACUCUAUUUUCUCUGGAGGGGUUGUUCCUGGCAAUAUGCAAACGUUUACAUUACAAGGUGUUGGAAAGAAGAUGAUUCAUGGUGUGGAGUAUUUUGUCACAAUCACAGCUGUAAAUUAUGUGGGUAUGACAACUAGUGUGUUUUCAAAAGCCAUAGUAGUAGACCUCACACCUCCGCAGUCUGGUAUGGUUGUUGACCUGAACUCUGUCUACCGCAUUGAUGCUUCAAACACAGAAAACACUGUGUCUAUGAAUGCCAAGAUAUGUAAUUCAGAAGAAGAAUGCAGAGCCUUAGAUGCUGUUUGUACAGAGUCUCUGACUUCUCUCUCUGUAACAUGGAUACCAUUUACUGAUCCAGAGUCCAGUAUAGUGGAGUACCAGAUAGCUGUGGGUACCUCCCCUGGAGGAGGUCAGAUCAAAGCUUUCUACAGCAUUCCAGCUGACAGUAAGCACCACACAGUCACAGAACUCAACCUUGACGGAUACAGACAGGUAUUUGUGUCUGUCAAAGGAAUCAAUGGUGCUGGCUUAUCAAGUGUUGCUACUUCAAAUGGUGUCUACUUGUCCUAUCUCAGUCAAGGGAGACCACCCCUGUCACAUAUUGGAGUCAUUGACAUGGUUAAUGGAGAACACAUUGAUGUAGAUUAUCAGACAGACCCAUCUACCAUUCAGGCAAGCUGGGAUGUGUCUGGAGACCCUUGUCCAGUUGUUCAGUAUGACUGGGCGAUUAGGAGGCUGGAUGGACUAGAAAUAUCAAGCUAUUUAAAUAUGGGAUUGAAAACAUUUGGUUUGAUUGAUGGACUACACUUAAAAAAUAAAGAAACUUACAUAAAUUUUGUUCGAGUCAGAAAUGCAAUAGGAUACCAGUAUGAACUCCGAUCAACUGGGGUAACUAUUGAAGACACCCCACUUCUGCCUGGUAAAGUGUAUGAUGGAGAUAUUGAUGGAUUUGACCUCAAUUAUCUCCCUUUAAAAACCAGAGUCUCAGCAAACUGGAAUGGAUUUGGUCUUCCAUCAAAUGCUAUUGUACAAGUAGAUGUGGAAAGUGGUAACCCAGGACUUCAAAUAGACAAACUAGAGAUAAAUCAACAAGAUAAAAGUCAACAGGUGGCUUAUUACUUAGUUGCUCUUGGAACAGACAGGCGCUUCAACAAAACACGUGACAACGUGGUACCAUACCUAAACGUGGGGACAAAUACUUCAGUUACAUUUUAUGAUUUGGAUCUUUCUCUUGGAGAUGCAGUUUACUACUUUUCAGUAUAUGCUGUCAGCAAGUCAUUUUCUAAGACACUGGUAACAUCCAAUGGGUUCUAUGUUGGCUAUGAUGGAGGAGUAACUGCUGGAAUCGUAACCAUUCCUACUCUGUAUAUAUCAUCCCAGGACACCUUAGAGGUCCAGUAUGAAGGAUUCUCAUCUAGACUUGGAAUACUGAUGUAUUACAUAGCCAUCUCAAACACGACAGAUGCCAAUCUUACCAACUGCAAGGAAUUUAUUUCAGACCAUGGCAUUCCUGAUUCUGAAAGGCAGAUUUUGUUUUCCGAGAUGGAUGUUAGAAAUGUGGGGAAAAAUACUUACGAAAAAGUAAACAUUCAUUUGCAACAUGGAAAGACUUACUAUGUCUGGGUAAUAGGUACAGACAAGUCUGGAGAAUGUGCUAUGUCCAAUACUAAGUUUACUGUGGACAUAACCAAGCCAUUGGAUGGCAUUGUAAAGACAGGUCCAUGGUAUAAUAUGCCUGUUGCAUACUUAACACAUAACAGUACUGUAACUGUUCAGUGGGAAAAGUUUGAAGAUCCUGAGUCUGGAAUAUGUCACUAUGAAGUAUAUCUAUGGAAAAAUACCUCUUGUAAUGUGACCAGCACAGAACAGAUAGUAAAUGACUGGAUACAUCUAUCAAAGAUAUACACAUCUUACCAGUUUAUUGAUCUCAAUUUACAGAUAAAUAUAACCUAUUUUGUAAAAUUACGAGCAACAAAUUGUGCAGGAAUAUCAAGUAUAGCUCACACUCCACCAGUUUUACUUGAUAAUACCAAACCUAAAGCUGGAGUGGUUAAAGAUGGAAAGGAUUAUCAGACAGAUGUUUUAUGGUUUUCAGACACAACUGAAGUUUACGGGACCUUUCUUCAUUUUGCUAAUCCAACACUCCAAGAAAAUCCCUGUCCUAAUCAAAUAAUCAGAAUCAAAGACCCUACUUGGAAGUUUUUGCACCACCUUGGCAUGCUGGAUGAUGAGGGGGAAUUUUGGAAAAUUAAGUAUGAUGAAAAAUAUGUGAUUCCAGCAGCAGUUGAGGACAAAAUUCAGAUCAAACUAGUACUUACCAAGGAUGCCACAGACCACCCAAUAUUUGGAUCAGGUGCUAUCUACAGAAGAGCAGAACUUUAUAAUGGAGGCACAUACAAACUUAGACUUAGAGCAGCAGAUAAAGCUGGAGAUGCUGUUACAGAGAUUCUAUUUUGGGAUGGUCCAGAGAAAGGAUUUGCAACAUUUAAGUACACCGUGGAGAAAGAAUUUUUGGGAUGUGGAUGCUGUUAUGAUAAUCCAAUUCCGAAGAUGUGUGAAGGCUGCAACUGUACAGAUUACAUUCUUAACAAAGGUUUUCUUUUGAAUGAGACUUUCAUCACAACCACCACCACGACACAGGCCCCGGACAACAGAACCUAUCCGCCAUAUGAUGUGGUGGAUGAACAGGGCUCCAGUGUUAUUGAUAAACCAGAGACAAUCCAAAGUCUGGCUUAUGACUCUUGUGGAAUACAAAUCUACUCUGCUGAUAACCAUACCGAUACAAGUGCCUUUAUUGUGUCUUGGUGUCGUUAUUUUAACAAUACCAGACCAAUGAGCAAGUUAAUGACAGAAAUCCAAAUCAAUCCCAGUGAUGAUUACUAUAACUACAAGAUUGAUUUUGUUGUUAAGAAUGAAGAUUCCCUGUCUACAAAAUGGUGCAUGAUGGUGUAUGUGGAGGAAGACUUUAUCAAUGAAAUCUGUGAUGUUCCACAGUUGUCCACCAACGCCUUGUUAUUUUUCCAUGUCUUCAAGAGACACAAUGAGAUUCCACCACAUGAAGACAGAUUCAGUGUCUGGUCAGCCAAAGCUUCUCUGUCUGGCCUAGUGAUGCCCCCCACUGUAGGAACCUUGUGUAGAUCUGGUCCUCAGUUCAUCAGUUAUACUAAUCCUAUCAUGUUGUAUGAAGCUGGAAUUGGAACAUCUCCAUUAUCAACAGAUGCAGUGGAUUUCACACCGAUUGAUCACCCCUGCAUUCCCUGUUAUGGAGAAUGUUCCCAUUAUGGCUGUGAUUCCAACUGUAAUGCCACAGUGACAGUUCAGAAGAUCUUUACCCUGACCAAUAUAAGCUUACCCUCUAAAAGAACAAUCUAUAAUGAGACUGGACAUCCAUCAGAAGAACCUAUCCCAUACUACCUUACAGUGAGAGGUACAAGUGGAUCUGGGGACACAGCCAUUGCCUCAUCUGAUGGCUUCUAUGUGGAUGACACCCCUCCUAAAUAUGACCUUGAACUCAUGGAAAGUGCCUUAUAUAUUGAUGUUGGACAAGGCGAAAGCACACCAGCUCACUAUCAGAAGUCAAACCACACAAUUAAAUGUAUAUGGAAGUGUGAUGAUGAUGAAAGUGGAGUUGUGGAAUAUACCUGGGCUAUAGGAACAACUCCAGGAUCUACAGAUAUCCAGAACUUCACAUCUACAGGGCAGAAUGUUGUAGGAAUCAAUGACCAGCUAGCGGGAAUACUAGAGCAUGACCAGACCUACUACGCCACCAUUACUUGUACUAAUGGGGCUGGUCAUACUGCAGUCUACACCGAUACUAAAGGUGUGAUAGUGACUCUAAUUCCUCCAAAAGUAGAAUCUGUGAACACAACUAUCCCAGGAACAAUCCCUUUCACAGAGGAGGUCUCCCCAAAAGAUUCUUGGCAACAGCACGAUCCAACCACUGUGGGCAUCACCUUCACAAAAUCAGAUGAUCCCUCUGUCAAUAGAUAUGAUCUUUGUGUUGGAUCUGAAGAAAACACAGAUGAUAUAGUUCCAUGUACUUGGGUUGGUUACAACAUGUCUGGGUCUGCUAUAAUCAGAAAUGGAUCAUUGUGGAUAAAUGGCAAAAAACUGACAAGGAUUUCAGAACUAAAGCCAGUACAAGACUAUUCAAACCUAACAUACCUUGAAAAUAACCAUUUUUUGAUGCCAGUAGGCAAACAGAUGUUUGUCACCAUGCGACUGUGCAAUGAAGCCAUGUUGUGUACCAACAAGAGUCUUGGAGUUGUAGUAAUCACCAACAGUGAAUCUGUGAUCACGACCUCCACUAAUGGUACAGCCAUCAAAGAGAGGCUCUCACUCGCUGCCAGAAAGAGAUCUACAAAUGACCUUGACAUCUCAACUCCAAAUGGUUUAGCAGAUGGACAGUCAAUAAUUGUUACAAAGCUGACACAGAAAGAUCUGGAGACUACCUACAGUUCUGAUGCCUCCACUAACUUUGUACCUUACAUACAAGACCCAGCAACCUCCAAUGACAUGGUCCAAAGGCUUCUGUAUAAGAGGAUGCAUGGACAGAAAUUUGCCUUCUCCUUUGUAUCACUUGGAAAUGUUCCAAUGCCUGGACCUUUAACAUUCUUAUAUCCAAAUGCUGUGACAGGAAUCCAUAAUGGAAACAGAACAGUUUUACUUCAUUGGAAUCCAGUCAUGCAGUACUGGGAGAUCAGCAGUAAGACUUGCACUCAUCUAACUGCAGAGGAACAAGAGGUGUAUGAUCCAAACACACAAACAAUGACUGUUAAGGUAUGCAGUACAUAUAAUAGAGAAACAGAAAUUUUAAGAAAAAGAAGAUCCAGCUACCUAAGAGGAGAAGAAUACUUCAGAAGAGAAACCAUGUUUAUUUUGGCUGAUGUAGAAACAACAAUACAUAAUACACCACCUGUGCUUAACUGCCAGAAGAACAUUUCACUUUUAGAAGACUCUGGUAUUGUGAAUUACCAGCUUGUGGCAUAUGAUCCUGAAGGAGAUACUGUUCUCUUUAAACUACCUGACCAAAUAUUAAAGUUUGGAGAAGCAUCAUUGACUCCAGAAGGAUACUUUGCUUACAGUCCCUGCCAGGAUUGUUCUGGAGUAGAAUACAUCAAUAUUGUCAUGUAUGAAAUAGAUGUAGACAUUAAUCCCCAGAAUUCAUCAGACAUUCUAGCAAUUCAUAUAGAGGAAAUUAAUGAUCCUCCCAUUGUUUUCCUGCUUCACAAUGGCCAGUCAAUACUUCAUGAUGAUCCAACCGAACCUGUCACAAUUUUGCUUGAAGCCAAAAAUGACUUUAAUCCUGAAAAAUGGAAUGAUACCUGGCAGGCUGUGCUGGGAGCUUAUGAUGUAGAGAAACAUGAUAAUAUUCAGCUGAAGUCUCCUGCAACUUUUCUAGCAAACUUCUCAGUUUUUGGACAAACAAACAGAAUUCCAGAGAUUAACAAUGAUUGUACAAAACGUGUUCCAAAUGCUAUACCUCAACCAUGUGCAAUCAACUUCACUCAGAAAUUGCCUCACAGUGCAGAGAAAAUGUCCUGGUUAAGUUUUACUGUAGAGUUUUCUCAACCAAUGAACCAGUUUGGAAAUUUGACAACCAGCUUCAUCUUUGUGGACAGUUCAAAUGGUACAUCUCUACCAGUGACCAUCAGGUUCGGAAUUAUGGAAUCUCCAUGUCAUAAUAUGGGAACUUGUCAACCCACAGGUGUCUAUCCUUGCAAUGACACCCAUAGAACACACAGUUUUGAUGCCUACUACAGAUGUGAAUGUCCUCAAGGUUAUCAAGGGAAACACUGUACUGAGGAUAUAAAUGAAUGUCUUAGUGAUCCCUGUGUGGCACCCCUCAUCUGUUAUAAUGAAAUCAACCACUACCGGUGUGCAUGUCCUCAGGAUCAGCCUAACUGUGAGCUCCUGCCCUGGAUGAUAGCUCUGAUUGUGAUUCUAGUUGUUGCUGCAUUAGCUGUUAUAAUUGUUCUUGGUAUCUUCAGAUACAAGGCCAUCAAAAGGCAACAGGAAUAUGGAAAAAUAUUGCUUGGUUCUAAAGCAUCACUUGAGUCAGCAGUCAGCUUCAAAAACCAUAUGCCAGAGGCUGUAACAGAUGAAGUACCUAAUGCAGAGAGUGCUCAACAGGAAUUUCUGACUGAUAGUGAAGAUGAAAAAUCAGAAAAUAUUGAUACAGAAGAUCAAGUUCCAUCUAUAGACACUGCAAAAACAUUUGAGGUUUUUGCUCGUCACACCUCUACUACAUUCAAACCCUUAAUUCCAGUGGGGGUAAAGUCCUUAAUAUCAACCAGAAACAUUAAUCUUGUACCUGAAAGUAAGUCAGAGAAAUUGGAAAAAGAGGAAACAAAUGACAUACAAGGAAAAUAUGAAGACAAUGCUCCAAAGAAAGAAACUGCCAAGAAACCAGAGCCAAGUUCUGGUACCACAGGUUUAAAAAGAAGCAGCAAAAUACAUCCAAAACUUCCGUCUCUUGAUGUUGAAGAAACCAUGUCCUCUGGCAUGAAAGAAGAACAGCAGAGAGGAGGUAAACUUUACCUUCCCAAACUGAAUUGCAACAAUAAAGUCUAUCCUGAGGAGGAUAAAGGAGAAUCCAAAGCAUGAUUUAUAUUUUACUGCGUAUAAUAUAUAUCACAUGUAUACCCAAGAAGCAUAAU